AAAAUCAACUAAACAUGGGCAAAGGAGAUCUUAAGAAGCCGAGAGGCAAAAUGUCCUCAUAUGCAUUCUUUGUGCAAACCUGCCGGGACGAGCACAAGAAGAAGCACCCAGAUGCUUCCGUCAACUUCUCAGAGUUCUCCAAGAAGUGCUCAGAGAGGUGGAAGACUAUGUCUGCUAAAGAAAAGGGGAAAUUUGAAGAUAUGGCAAAGGCUGACAAGGCUCGUUAUGAAAGAGAAAUGAAAACCUACAUCCCUCCCAAAGGGGAGACCAAAAAGAAGUUCAAGGACCCCAAUGCACCCAAGAGGCCUCCUUCGGCCUUCUUCCUGUUCUGUUCUGAGUACCACCCCAAAAUCAAAGGCGAGCAUCUUGGCUUAUCCAUUGGUGAUGUUGCAAAGAAACUAGGAGAGGUGUGGAACAACAAUGCCUCGGAUGACAAGCAGCUCUACGAGAAGAAGGCUGCUAAGCUGAAGGAGAAGUACGAGAAGGAUAUUGCUGCCUACAGAGCUAAAGGAAAACCUGAUGCAGCGAAAAAGGGGGUAGUCAAGGCUGAAAAGAGCAAGAAAAAGAAGGAAGAGGAAGAUUAUGAGGAGGAUGAAGAGGAUGAGGAAGAGGAGGAAGACAAAAAUGAAGAAGAAGAUGAUGAAUAA